ACAUCACACACCACAGGUGCUUCUAGGAGGACACCUGAACAACACAGGAGAAGACUCUUUACUGCAAUCUGAACUGGUUUUGUUUGUUGGAAAAUCCACGGACUCACUGUUUUAAGUUUUGUUCUGUCACCAGACAAAGAGCCAGCAUGUCGAUGGGCAUGGAGAUUGUGGGCAUUGCCCUGGGAGUCAUCGGAUUUAUCAUUGCGAUAGUGACAUGUGCCCUGCCAAUGUGGAGGGUGACGGCCUUCAUCGGAGCCAACAUCAUCACAGCUCAGACCAUCUGGGAGGGUUUGUGGAUGAACUGUGUCACCCAGAGCACAGGCCAGAUGCAGUGUAAGGUCUACGACUCAUUGCUGGCUUUGCCGCAAGAGCUGCAGGCCUCCAGAGCAAUGAUGAUCAUCGCCAUCAUACUCGGGGUCCUGGGGGUCAUGAUAUCCAUCGUCGGCGCCAAGUGUACCAACUGCAUCGAAGACGAGCCAUCCAAGGCCAAAGUGAUGAUCAUCUCUGGGAUCUUCUUCGUCAUUGCCGGCCUUCUGGUCCUCAUCCCCGUCUCCUGGACUGCCAGCGUCGUCAUCCGUGAUUUCUACAACAUGCUCCUUACUGAUGCACAAAGGAGGGAGCUGGGCGCAUCGCUCUACAUCGGUUGGGGAGCGGCCGCCUUGCUCCUGAUUGGUGGGGCGAUGCUGUGCAGCAGCUGCCCGCCAAAAGAAGAGAAGUACAAGCCACCUAGGAUGGCCUACUCCGCCCCACGAAGUACCAGUGCCGGUGGAGGGUACGACAGGAAAGACUAUGUUUGAUUGGAUAAAAUGAAAAUGUUUGUUGCACAUGAGGGUUUUUUGUGUGUCUAUGUUGUUUUUUGCUGUUUGAAACCACAGGGUGACCACCCCGUGAAAAGACUCCGAGAUGAAGAUGAGUGUAUAAAUACUGAUCAUUCAGCUUUGCUUUGCCGAUGAUGUUCAUUUGCAUCAGUCUAACGCUUUUGCUCUGCCAUGAUCCAGCAAGUGUGUCUGGUUAAAGAGGCUUUCAUGUUCAGUAUAUGAACAUAAAGGUUUAUAACUUUUAAAAUGUAUGAUUCCCUUUGUUGUAUUUUUACUAAAACUUCCAUUAUGUGCAUUUGAAAACACCUGCUUCUUGUGUGUGUCGUGCUCUAUCAUUAGCUGUUGGCUGGCUGGUGUUGUGUUUCACUGAAACUUUCAGUUAAAACGCUGUGUGUCAUUUCACUGACAAUGACAAGGAAGAGCUAGCUCUCAUUUUACAUGGAUUUGGUUGUGUGAUUGUUCACUGUGUGUGUGUGUGUGUGUGUGAGAAACAGAGCGAUAGAGUGUGUGUGUGUGUGUGUGUGUGUGUGUGUGUGUGUGUGUGUGUUUUGCAUGUAAUAUUUGCUUAGGAGAGUUUCUGCUGAGACUGAAACCAAAGAUGGAUCCAUGAUAUGGCCCUAGGUAACAACAUUAUCUCCUUCCUUAGUUUUACUGUUUCAGGACAUGGAAGAGACUGUUUCAGUCGACACACAAAGUCUGACUUUGUGUCCAUAUGUGUGACUUUAUUUUAUAUUCCUGUAAUCAACAUGUAUUUGUAAUGUAUUUUAACUGUGUGUCUUAGUUUCAAACAUUUUUGUAUAUAUCAGAAGUAACAGCUGUACGGUCCUCUGUAUGUCAAGCAAAGAGCCAAAGGACCAUUCAGUGUGUAUGUGUGUGUGAGACACCCUGAGGGAACAAGACGACUACAACUGUUGUAGGAUGUUUGUCUCCAGCAGGAUGUGUUUUGUGAGUAGAAAUAUUUCCAUCUCUUUUAAAUAGGAUUUUGUCUCCAAAGUUUAACACAAUGUGUUACUUUUGUGUUGUUCCAAUGUUGUUAAAAGAGCUGAUUUACAAAAUAAAAUGCUUUGUUAAAUGUUUUAUAGUACUGCUUGAAUUCCAAAUAUGUUGAAGAUUUCAAUAAAAGCCAUAU